AUGUCGUCAUUUGCCAAGACUGCCGCUUCUUUGGCCUGCCUCGCAGCGGUCACGAUGGCGACUCCCCUCAUGAAGCGAGGUGAAUGGGACUGCCCCACGGGCAAGGUCUUCUACUCAUGCUCGAAUGGAUACCGCGGGUGCUUCGAAAAGGACCCAUGCGCUCUUCCCCCAGUUGCCACUACUUCUCUCGCCUCUCCUAGCACUACCACCACGUCCAUUGCCAGCUCCAGCACUUCUUUCGGCGCUGCUGCUUGCCCGAACGGCACCAAGGGUAGCGUCUGGCAACCGUCUAUGUACAACCUAUUCCCGGAAGACCCUGACCAUUCUGAACCAUCCGUUUCUUUCAUAAACGUCUCCACCCGGGAGAACAAGCCACCCGUGGAACAGGCGAUGGUCUUCCGGGGCAUCCCGUCCGAGGCCAAGACAUGCAAUAUCAACUGGGACCAAGCCGACGAGUCGGAGCGCAACUUCACCGUCGAAGACAGCGGCUACGUCUCCGUCCUACAGUUGAACGGCUUCCCUUACGGCGAGCCCGUCUCUUCAUCCAGCGUAGCCGCCUUCGAGCCGGCGGGUGCCAAGCCUGUGCACGGCGACUUCACAUACUGGGACAAGCAGUCCAAGACCGCCUGGCCUCACUUCAUCGGCCCCGUCAACUGCAGCUCGGAAAUCUACAUCCGAAUCGCCCUCGACACCCUCUCGGGCUUCGGCCACGUCUUUAUGGACCAGGACAAGAAGAACGGGUUCCACAUCGACUACACGUGCUAA